AUGUCCACCAUGGAUUACGAGACCGAGCCGCGUCCGUAUGACGACGAGCCGCGCGACUACGAGCGCGACCGCAGCCGCUCUCCGCGCAACGACCGCCGUGUCGACGACGAUGCCCGCGCUCGCAGUGCCUCCCCCGGCGCGCGCGACCGCAUUGACGACCGCCCGAUGAACGAGCCCAUGCGCGACCGCGAUGACGAGUCCAUCAACCCGGGCUCCAACCUCUUCGUCACCGGCAUCCACCCGCGUCUCAGUGAGGAGGAGGUCACGCGCCUGUUCGAGAAGUACGGCGAUGUUGAGAAGUGCAACAUCAUGCGUGACCCGCACACCAAGGAAUCGCGUGGCUUCGGCUUCGUGAAGAUGGUCACGCCCGACCAGGCUGAUGCCGCAAAGGAGGGACUGCAGGGUGAAGUCAUUGAGGGCCGCACGCUCAGCAUUGAGAAGGCUCGCCGCUCACGCCCCAGGACGCCCACUCCGGGCAAGUACUACGGUCCGCCCAAGCGCGCAGACUUCCGCGGUGGCCGCGGCGGUCGCUUCUACGGCGACCGCUAUGACGACAGGCGCGGCUACGGCGGCCGUCGUGACGACUACUCCUCUCGCGGCCCGCGCUACGACUCCUACGACCGCGGCUACGACCGUGGUUCCGACCGUGGCUACGACCGCGGCAGCUACUCCCGCCGUGACCGCGACUACGGUCCUCCUCGCGGCGUCGAUCGCUACGCUUCCGGUCGCGACGCCUCCGGCCGCGAUGACCGCUACCGCUACGGCUCGAGCCGCGACGAUCGCUACGGCCGCGACGGCGGUGCUUACGGUGGCGCACCUACUGACGAGCCCUAUGGUGGUGGUGGUGGUGGUGGAAGGGCCUACGACGACCGUGGUGAUGACUACUAUUCUCGCCACUAG